ACCCAUGAUAACUGCCAGAACAGAAACAUGGCGGCCUCUACCAGGAAAGCGGCUCACGAUAUAGAAAGGCGAAACAGGACUGAUGAUGUCAUUUUAGCGGACGGGAUCGACUUUACGUCGCUGUUACUGUCAGAGGUUGUGUUGGACGGACUGUCAGCUGCUGGCUUUCAAAAACCGUCCCCGAUCCAAUUUAAGGCGAUCCCGCUUGGGCGAUGCGGACUCGAUUUGAUUGUACAGGCGAAGUCAGGCACAGGAAAGACAUGUGUAUUCUGCACAAUCGCUUUGGAUUCUCUGAUCCUGGAAAAUCCCGCCACACAAGUUCUCGUGCUGGCUCCUACUCGAGAGAUAGCCGUGCAGAUUCACUCGGUUGUGAUGGCGAUUGGCUGUGCCAUGGAGGGCUUGCAGUGCCACGUGUUCAUUGGGGGCCGACCUGUUAGUCAGGAUAAACUCCACCUGAAGAAAUGCCACAUAGCUGUAGGCUCACCUGGUCGCAUCAAGCAGCUCAUUGAGCUCGGCAUUUUGUCCACUGCCAGCAUUCGUCUCUUUGUUUUGGAUGAGGCUGACAAGCUGCUGGAGGAGGGCAGCUUCCAGGAACAGAUCAACUGGAUAUUCUCCUCUCUGCCGGAGAACAAACAGAUGCUUGCACUUUCUGCAACCUACCCGGAAUCUCUUGCUCAGCAUCUUACCCGCUACAUGAGCGAGCCGACUUUUGUCAGACUCAACCCCAGAGACAUGGGACUCAAAGGCCUGAGGCAGUAUUACAAGCUGGUGCAGUCCCAUCCAUUACCUCAUAAGGUCUUCGAGGAGAAGGUGCAGAACUUGCUUGAGCUGUUUAGUAAAAUUCCCUUCAACCAAGCCCUUGUUUUUUCAAACUUGCACACAAGGGCUCAGCAUCUGGCUGACAUCUUAUCCUCGAAAGGCCUACCCGCUGUUUGUAUCUCAGGUAGUCUGAGUCAGGAGCAGAGACUUACGGCUAUGUCCAAAUUGAAGCAGUAUCAAUGCAGAGUGCUCAUCUCCACUGACCUGACUUCCAGGGGAAUAGAUGCAGAGAAGGUCAAUCUGGUGAUUAAUUUGGAUGUCCCACAGGACUGGGAAACCUAUAUGCACCGAAUCGGACGAGCCGGGCGCUUUGGCACCCAGGGGCUGGCUGUGACCUACUGUUGCCAUGGUGAAGAAGAGAAUAAGAUGUUGGCCAUUGCUCAAAAAUGUGGCCUGAGUUUGUCAAUCUUACCAUCCACGAUUGAUGCAGGGCUAAUGACUGAGCAGUGUGACUGGGAUGUCUGCGUUGAAGCUUCAACGGCAGUUCUCCAAGCGCAGCCAUUUCUCACAAAUGAGAAAAAGAAGGUACAUGCCAAAGUUGUCUCCCCAAUCAUCAAGGAGGAAUCCCAAGAGGCUGGGAAGCCAAAGAUGAGCCAAAAAUUAGUCAGCCUUGGAGUGGAAGGGCUUUCUGAAAGGGCAAAUCCCUCAACGAAUAUCCUACAGAGCCCCUCCAAAGCAGCGCCGACUCGUAAGGAGUUGCAAGACGCUCUGCCGAAGAUCCCUCCGCUUAGCUCGUUCAAGAACUGCACGUCUGUUUUUAUGACCUUUGAGGAGGCUGAGCGUGACUUCCAAUCAUUCAUUACGACAGGAUUGGGAAGGUCAGUGGAGAUUGUUAGGGAUUUCAUGGGACAGGGAGACUGUGGGGAUCAUAACGAGCAGAGAGAGUUUGUUACACUUGAUGACGAUGGAAGUGAGAUCUGUCAUGGAUGGAAGUCUGAACAUAACCCUGCAAAAUCAACCCCCAGUUCUUCAAGCUCUGAAAAUGACGCUGAGGACCACCCAGAUUGCCAGUUCAGCACAACUGUAGCCAGUGAGAGCACUACAGUCACAAACACUCAGAUGGAAGUAAAUCAUAGAUGUAGUGUGUCACAACCUCAGAUGGAGCCAUUUUCAUCAGAAGCUCCCAUAACAUUCCAAAUGAAAAACGAAAUAAGCAAUAAAAUAUCACCCCCACCUGACAGCUAUAAAUCAGUAAUCGGUAUUGAAGCAGGCAUGCAAACCAAGCCGAUGUCCGCGGCCAAAUCAACGACAAAGAAUCAGAAGACGAAGGUCAAGAUGAAAAAAUUGUGCAGGAAGAAGUCAGAGACAAUAAGAAAAGACGAGAAUUAUGAAACGGAAGGAGACAAAUAUUGCAUGGAAGAUGACUAUUUCAGCACAGAAAGUUACUGGAGAGAGUGCUACAGAGCCUGGAAUGAUUACUAUGCAUCUAUGUCCCCCUUUUUAGAGCAAAAUUACGAAGGGUACAGUGCUGCUCACAACUGGAUGGCAGCUUAUCGAAUGAAUACAGUUUAUGUGGAGGAAUUGCUAAAACGCUGA